UUUUGAUGAGAGCUGCGGGCUGUGUAACUUCCUAUGUUUACUACCGGGCAAGAUGGCGGCGCCCACGUAACGACAGCGCGGAGCACGCUGAGUUUAGAAAACAAGCCUUAUUUUUCUUGAGAAUUCAAUCUGAAAACAAAUUUAAACACCAACUGAACAAACGAAAGUUUUUUUUCGGUCGAUCGCCUACAUUGUAUCGAUGAAUUUAUCAUGUUGCACAGCGCAUUGGAAUCUGAAAGAGCUGUGAAAUGUUCACGAGCAUUCAUGUGUAUUUAGAGCUGCUGGUUAUCGUGUCGAUAGAGACAAAUCACUGGGAAACAUAAGGCCAUUGAUGCUUUUAGUGGAACUAUAAGCAGUACAGUAAAGGCAUGCGGUGUGUGAAGGCAUUGCAGCUCACCCUUGCGGUCAUCAAACCAGAUGCUGUGGCCCAUCCGCUCAUUCUGGAGGCUCUUCAUCAGAAGAUUCUCGAAAACUUCAUUAUUGUCAGAAAGAAGGAUCUGAUGUGGAGAGCAGAAGAUUCAGAAAAGUUUUAUGCUGAACAUGCAGGACGUUUUUUCUAUCAAAGACUGGUUGAAUUCAUGUCAAGUGGCCCAAUGAGAGCAUACAUCCUAGCCAGGGAAGACGCUAUCACUCACUGGAGGGGGAUGAUGGGUCCAACCAAAGUGUUUAGAGCUCGCUUCACUUCACCAGACACCCUGCGGGGCCAAUACGGGCUGACUGACACCAGGAACACUACUCAUGGUUCAGAUUCAGUUGAAUCUGCCAAGAGAGAGAUUUCAUUUUUCUUUCCAGAAUUCAAUGCAGAUGAGUGGAAGUCGAGGGAAGAGCCACGUUUUAGGUCGGGACUUACUGAAUAGGAGAGACAAAUUCAUACUCUCCAGGACACAUGCUGAUCACUGGUCUGAUGGUGCUUUUACAGGACUACAUGAAUAUGACUUUCACCAGAUGUUUCAGCAUUUGAUGUUUUCUCUGCAUUGCCAUGUUACUCGUUUGUGACCACAGAAUAUCUCCACCGCAGCUCUGCCAACACCAUUAUAUUCAUUUGUAUGUGUUUUAUAUGUAUGUAUAAAUUUAUAUUUGUUCUAGCUUUGAAUGUCAAUAAAUUUUUACCUCAACGUAGCAAACUCUAAACACA